AUGAAUCGCGAAAAUUCAUUCAGCAAAGGAAAAGAGACCAAUCCUGUUCAAAAUGCAUCAUUCUUCUCGAAACGCAGCUUCUGGUGGUUGCGCGACACGUUCGGGUAUGGGCAACGUAAAGAGAUCACGGAGGAAAAACUUUACGCAACCUUGCCGGAACAUAGCAGCCACGGGUUGGCGGAAACGUUCGAACGUCUCUGGUCCGACGAGGAACAGCGUGGUCCAGAUAAGGCGAGUUUCGCAAGAGUCUACUGGCGGGCGUUUGGCAAGGAGACACUAUUCUGGGGUUUAUUGUUUUCCGCGUUUGAAACAGCGAACCGUGUUGCCCAGCCACUGCUGUUGGGGGAAUUAGUUUCCUAUUUUACCCCAAACCAAGACACCAUCAGCAAACAGGAUGCGUAUUUAUACGCGGCAGGUAUUAUCACGUGCUCGCUGCUAUCCGUCAUCUCGUUUCAUCCGUUUAUAUUUUACAUUUUUCAACUGGGAAUGAAGUUUCGAAUUGGCGCAUCGUGCUUAAUUUACAACAAGGUACUUAAACUCUCUAAAUCGACCACCGCUGGUGAUGGUUUGAAUGGAAAAAUCAUCAACCUACUCUCGAAUGACGUCGGGAAGUUUGACAUCGCAUUAUGCUUUGUACACGAUCUCUGGAAGGGUCCGAUGGAGGCGAUCCUUCUUGGCUACUUCAUUUAUCGGCAAAUUGGGUUCUCUGGUCUGCUUGGAAUGGCCUUUUUGUUAAGUUUCAUUCCGCUGCAGGCUUGGGUGGGCAAAAAAACGGCCACGUACCGGUUGAAGGCCGCAAAGCGAACAGAUCUACGCGUGCGCUUCAUGAACGAAAUCAUCCAGGGCAUUCAAGUUAUCAAAAUGUACACGUGGGAAAGCUCGUUUGCCAAGAUGAUCGGGACAAUUCGGCGCAAAGAGAUCCAAGCCAUACGAGGCGGAGCAUACGUGCGAGCAACUCUCAUAUCGUUCUUUACCGUAUCGCGCGUGUCCAUUUUUAUCAGCUUGCUGUCAUACACGGUCACCGAGAAUGUUAUCACUGCCAAAAAGGUGUUCAUUGUGACGUCGUUCUACAGUAUACUUAACGAUUCAAUGGUCCAUUUCUGGCCCAUGGCCAUCACCUUUUGCGCCGAGGGCUACAUUUCGCUAAAACGAAUAAGAGACUUUCUGUUAACACCCGAAGGCAAGAUUUCGACCGGUACUGGUUCGAAAAACUCGGUUGGUGUUGAGAAGAAGCAAAAGAAGAGAAAAGCAACUGCACCCGUCGGCGCACAGAUUUCGGACGCGUUGGAUCAUGGAAAAGAGGAAAAGCAAAAGAGCAAUCAGCAAAACGGCGGCAAAAAUGUUAUCUCCGACGAAGAUGUUGAUUACGAACCCUUGCUGCCGACGCGUCUGGUACGAAAGGUGGACGGCGACAGGAAAGGCAUCGUACUAGAUAAUGCUACGGCAAGGUGGGUUUGCCCAUCGGCCAAAGAGGAUACAAAAGCUAGAACCCCUGCCAGUGGCGCAGGCGACGGUUCGGAAGAGGCUACGAAUGUUGGGAUCGAAUCGAUUAGUUUAAGGAUUGACCCGGGCAGAUUGUGCGUUCUGGUUGGUCCCGUUGGCUCCGGUAAAACAACAUUACUUCAGGUGCUUUUAGGCGAGCUCGAGUUGGAUGAUGGAAAUGUGGAGAUCUACGGCACCGUAAGCUAUGCUGCACAGGAGCCAUGGCUGUUCGAAGGAAGCGUCCGGAAUAACAUCCUGUUCACGGAAGAGUACAACGAACGGCGAUAUCUACGAGUGGUGCGCGUGUGUGCACUCGAGAAGGACUUUGAAAUGUUCCCCCAUGGCGAUCAGACGAUUGUCGGAGAACGAGGCAUUAGCUUGAGCGGAGGACAAAAAGCCCGUGUCAAUCUUGCACGGGCCAUCUAUCGGAAAGCUGACAUUUAUCUGCUCGAUGAUCCUUUGUCCGCCGUAGAUACGCACGUGGGAAAACACAUCUACGAGCUGUGUAUUCGUGAAUUUCUCGCGAAUCGAGUAUGUGUACUUGUGACUCACCAACUGCAGUAUUUGAAAGAUGUGCAGCAAAUCGUUCUCAUGAACGCAGGCCGCUUGGAAGCCAGCGGAAGCUAUAGAGAGCUGAAGAAAUCAAACAUGGAAUCGAUAAUGGCCCUUACGCCCGACGAAUCUCCCUUGGAGAGUCCUAUCGAGAAGGAACUGAAAACGCUGCGUCAAAGGCGCACUAGUGGUUCUUCGACGGGAUCCCAGCAGUUAAGGGAUGGUGAUCUGAUGAUGGAUCUCCUGCAGCAAGAAAAGCAGGAAGAGGAAAAAGAAUCUCAAGGCGGUAGCGGGAGCGUGGGGUUGGCAGUGUACAAAACCUACAUAACGGCAGUGAACAGCUGUGGAUGGAUCUUCUGGCUUAACGCGCUCAUGAUUCUCUCACAGAUUGUUGUUAGUGGGGUGGAUAUUUUCGUAGCAGAGUGGGUGAACUGGGAAGAACGAGUAGCAGGCAUACCACCGGAGUUUGAAUUGAACGAUAAUCACACGAUUUUGAGUUCCCGUGACGUGCGUGUCCUGCUUCGCGAGCAGACCGACGUGAGCAAUUUCAUUGAGCGGCAACAGUACAUUUGGAUUUACAGUGGCUUGAUUAUUCUGCUAGUGCUGCUGGUAGUGAAGAGAUCGUUUUCGUUCUUUUACGUUUGUCUGCGCAUCUCUAUCAACCUGCACGAUCGAUUGUUUCGAAGGUUAACCCGCGCAACUAUGCACUUUUUCAACACAAACCCGUCCGGAAGAAUCCUUAAUCGUUUCUCAAAAGACAUCGGUGCGAUUGAUUCCGCACUACCGAUGGCGCUGCUAGAUUGCGUUGUGUUUUUCCUGGAAAUGAUAGCUGUGGUGGCGGUGGUGUCGAUUGUCAAUUACUGGUUCCUUGUACCGACAGCCAUCGUUGCCAUUUUGAUGUACUACAUCCGGCAGGUCUAUCUCAAUACGUCGCGUGUCGUGAAACGCAUCGAAUCCGUCAACCGAUCGCCACUCUUCUCACACACCAACGCUACCCUGCAAGGGCUGUCCACUAUUCGUGCGUUUGGGGCGCAAUCCGUGCUGAGGCACGAGUUUAACGAAUUUCUUGACGUUAACUCGUCCGCGUGGUAUAUGUUUAUCUCUACGAAUCGUGCGUUUGCCCUAUGGCUGGAUCUGGUGUGCGUUUUAUACAUCGCCAUCGUAACGAUUAGCUUUCUGUUGAGCGACAGUCAACAGAUGCUCGGAGGUAGUGUUGGAUUGGCCAUCACAAAGACGAUCAGCUUGGUCGGUAUGUGCCAGUGGGGGAUGCGGCAAUCGGCGGAACUCGAAAAUCAGAUGGUGUCGGUGGAGCGCGUCAAUGAAUAUACCAACCUGCCGUCAGAACCACCGCUUGAGACGGCACCGAAGCAUCGCCCGCAACGCAACUGGCCAGAACACGGUGCAAUACGCUUUGUCAACGUUGAUCUGCGCUAUUCGGAAGAUGGCGAGCGCGUUCUUAAAGAUCUCAAUUUUGUCAUACGCUCGAACGAGAAAGUUGGCAUCGUGGGCCGAACUGGGGCCGGAAAAUCUUCCCUCAUACAGGCGUUGUUCCGGUUGGCGCCGUUCGACGGCAACAUCGAGAUAGACGACAUAGACACUAAAACGCUAGGGCUGCGGGACUUGCGCAGCAAAAUAUCAAUCAUACCUCAGGAUCCAAUUUUGUUUUCGGGCACCCUGCGAAGCAAUCUGGAUCCCUUCGACCAGCGCAAAGAUGACGAGCUGUGGAGUGCGCUGGAUCAGGUGGAGCUGAAAGAAGCUGUGUCCUCGCUGGCCGGGGGUUUGGAAUGCCGCAUGUCGGACGGUGGAAAUAACUUUAGCAUGGGCCAAAGACAGCUCGUUUGUCUCGCAAGAGCCAUUCUGAGAAAUAAUAAAAUUCUCGUUCUGGACGAAGCCACUGCCAAUGUUGAUCCAGAAACGGAUAAGCUUAUUCAAACGACCAUUCGCACAAAAUUCGCUCAUUGCACAGUAUUAACGAUUGCUCAUCGCUUACACACGGUUAUGGACAGCGAUCGCGUGCUGGUGAUGGAUGCUGGUCGUGUUGUGGAAUUUGGCCACCCGCACGAGCUGCUACAUGGUCCAAUCGGAUAUUUGCGGGGGCUCGUAGACCAAACCGGUGUCGCCACUGCAGCAAUGUUGAUGCGUACCGCGGAAGAGAAUUUCAAAAAAUCUAGUGCAAGGCCAAAUGAAGCUCUGCGAAUUACGAAGGCGGCUGGAACAGACGGUAUGACUGGGCAGGUCAUCAAUCUGAUGUCUAACGAUGUUGCCAAAUUCGAUACCGCGACCGGGUUCGUACACGAUAUCUGGAAGGGAUUAAUAGAGCUGCUCGUAUUGGGCUACUUCAUUUACAAACAGAUUGGCAUUUCGGGACUAUUUGGCAUUGCAUUUCUGCUCAGCUUUAUCCCGCUUCAAGCAUGGCUCGGAAAGAAAGCAGCCCUUUAUCGCCUUAAAACGGCCAACAGGACGGAUCGUCGGAUACAGUUUAUGAACGAAAUCAUACAAGGAAUUCAGGUGAUUAAAAUUUACGCCUGGGAGGAAAGCUUUAGCCGAAUGGUAGACCGUAUCCGGCGAAAGGAAGUGAACGGCAUACGAGGUACACUGUUUAUCCGGGCUGGGUUGCUAUCGUUCAAUCUCGUUUCCCGGGUAGCGAUCUUCCUUAGUCUAGUCGCAUACGUCCUGCACGGAAAUGUAUUCACCGCAAAGAAGGUGUUCAUCGUAACCUCCUACUUCAACUGGCUGUACAGCUCGAUGCUACACUUUUGGCCGCUGGCACUAACAUCCGUCCACGAGGGGCUGGUGUCGAUAAGACGCAUACAGGACUUUCUGCUGUUGGAUGAGCGCAAGUUCAGGCCACACCGUCCGGCUGCGUUGCUAUCUCGUGGUCCGGAGAAAAACGCUCCAGAAACCGUAACGGAUGACAGUGCUCGUGGGCUGCUAGUGGCCAAUGGGGCAGCUGGUUCCACCAAAGAGGCAAAGGGAGCUCUGGCGGAAGGAAAUGCCGGAAGUAUAGGCCGAAAGAUGCCGAAAAGCAAGCGCUUCAUUAACAGGAAAGCCAUUGCACGGCAAGGCAUUUUCAUGCGCAAUGGUACGGCAUUUUGGGAUAAGGGACUGUCAACUUCCAGCAAUGAUGCCGAUACGAGAGCGAGUGGCAUAAAAAACGUGACACUGACUGUAGAUAAAACGAAACCGUGCGUAAUCGUGGGACCCGUUGGGAGUGGUAAGUCGACCAUGCUACAGGUAAUCCUUGGCGAGCUGGAAUUAGACGAAGGUCAAUUGGAAAUCAACGGCAACCUUAGCUACGCCUCACAGGAACCGUGGCUUUUUGAGGGCACGGUAAAAAACAACAUUGUCUUCACGGAAGAUUACCAGGAAAAACGCUACCGGGAGGUGGUAUCGGUGUGUGCUUUGGAAAGAGACUUUCGACUUCUACCGCACGGUGAUCAAACGAUCGUCGGUGAGCGUGGCAUCAGUCUAAGUGGUGGUCAAAGGGCACGUAUCAGUUUGGCGAGAGCGGUUUAUCGACGGGCGGACAUCUAUCUGCUAGACGAUCCAUUAUCGGCUGUUGAUACGCACGUAGGAAAACACAUAUUUGAAGAGUGCAUCAUAAAGUACUUAAAGGACAUCGAGCAUGUCGUGCUAAUGAAUACGGGAAGCGUCGAGGCGCAGGGACCGUUCCGCACGCUGGCAGAAUCGGGCAGGUUUGCCAUGCUGAGUCAACACCACCAGUACGACGACCCAGGGCAAGGACUGGAAACGAGAAACGCAUCAUCGUCUGACGAUCCGUCUGCGUCGUCGCCAUCGGAAGGCCAGCACCCCGACGGCGCAGUGGCAUUUUGUGGCACCACGGACAAGGAUAAUGGCCAUCUACAAAAAGUCGAUAGUGUCGAGAACAAUGGGAUUGACUACGGUUCCAUCAUCAACAUCGACCUCACUGGAAAAGCCGAAGCGCAUGGAAUGACGCCAACGCGCACCAGAAGACUCUCGAUACAUCCGACGCCGGCCCAAAACCAGUCGGCACAUCAGCAGCACCAGUCACUCUACCAACCAUCGCCGUUUUCAUCGAGCAGCAUGGUCUUCGAUGGCUAUGAUGACCGCGAGGAACGUCGUAGCGGCAAAAAGAAACCCACUUCGUUCCAGGUCGGGUCUUCGAACAAAAAUGAACCAAAUACCCUCAAUAAGGAAUCGCAACAAACCGGACGCAUCGGGUGGCGAGUGUACAAGCGCUUCUUUCAAGCAGUGGGAAGUAACUUUCUGCUGGCGUUGGCGGUUGUUCUGUUUCUGAUGGCUCAGGUCAGCAUGAGUGGUAUCGAUUACUACAUAUCACAGUGGGUAAACUGGGAAGAAUACUCAAGUGCCCUCGAGAGGCUGAAAAGCAAUCGAUCUAGCGCGGGAGUAUCAACAGAAGCGGGCCAUCUCAACGGCACUGACUAUGGUGCAAUUCUUCCGAUCCCAACAAAACUGCAGGGCAGCAUCUUCAGCCAACUAUCGAGGCAUCAGUACAUCCUGGUGUACGCCGUUGCCAUGCUGUUCAUGUUUGUGCUCUCCUUGAGCAGAUCCUUUCUAUUUUUCUACAUUUGUCUGCGGGCGACGGUACGGCUGCACGAUCGUCUCUUUCGCGGCAUUACCCGAGCCACUAUGUAUUUCUUCAACACGAACCCAUCCGGUCGGAUUCUGAAUCGCUUUUCACGCGACAUUGGUUGCAUCGAUACGUUUCUUCCCUUUGCGAUGAUGGACUGCAUUCUGUGGCUGGAAAUGGUUUGUGUGCUGUACAUUGCCGUCGUAACGCUGAGUUUCCUGAUGGUCGAAGAUUCAAUGAGCGGCAACGUCGGUCUGGCUAUUACGCAAGUGUUCAAUCUGAUCUUCAUGUGCCAGUGGGGCAUGCGGCAGACGGCGGAACUAGAAAACCAAAUGACAUCUGUCGAGCGUGUGGUAGAGUACGCCGAGGUCGACCCCGAACCGUCGCUGGUGUCGAUCGGAAAGCACAAACCUCCGGCCGAUUGGCCGGCAAAGGGUGCGAUACGGUUCGAGCACUUUUCACUGCGUUACUCUCCGCAGGCCAGUUUGGUCCUGCGAGACCUCAAUCUGUCGAUAAACGCCGGCGCAAAGAUAGGAAUCGUUGGCAGGACGGGAGCAGGAAAAUCCUCCAUCAUACAGGCGUUGUUCCGGCUCGCAGUCAAUGAAGGAAUUAUACACAUCGACGGUGUUGACAUUGGGACGCUCGGGUUGCACGAUCUGCGCAAGCGGAUCUCAAUUAUUCCGCAGGAUCCUAUACUGUUCUCGGGAACGGUGCGGGAAAAUCUGGACCCCUUCAAGCAGCACGAUGACGACGCGCUGUGGAAUGCGUUGGACUACGUGGAACUGAAGCGGUCCGUGAUGGCGAUGGAGGGAACACUGGAUGGCAAAAUGUCUGACGGAGGUUCGAACUUCAGCAUGGGUCAAAGGCAGCUCGUAUGCCUUGCGCGUGCUAUUCUUCGCAACAAUCGCAUCCUAAUUCUGGAUGAAGCUACUGCAAACGUGGAUACCGAGUACGUCCUCGAAACCGAUAAGCUGAUUCAACGGACCAUUCGGGAGCGGUUUGAGAGUUGCACCGUGCUGACGAUAGCACACCGUUUGCACACGGUAAUGGACAGCGAUCGUGUGCUGGUGAUGGACGCCGGAAAAGCUAUCGAGUACGGUCACCCUCAUGAGCUGCUGCAACGCACCGGCGGUGCACUGAGCCAGUUGGUCAGCCAAACCGAACCAUCCGUGGCGGAGCAGCUGGCCACCAUAGCGCUGAAAAGCUACAAUAGCGCAGUGAAAGCGAAAGAUUCCGCAACCAGCGAACAGCUGAUAGCUCGAGAUAGCGAUCGUCCUCGCGAUAGUCUAGAGAUAAAACCCGGCAAGCCAGACGGGACGCGCGAAAGUGCACGUUUGCAUCCAUUUGCUACCGCUAGCUCCGUUUCGCGAUACUUUUUCUGGUGGCUCUUCGAUGUGCUCCGAAUUGGCGUGCGAAGGCAAAUCGUUCCAGGCGACAUUUAUGAUACUCUGCCCGCCCACCGGAGUGCACGAAUCGGUGCAGUGUUCGAGCAACAAUGGCAAUGUGAGAUCUCGCGCAAGCCAACCACUCACCCAGGAGGAUCGAUCGAUGGCCAAGGUUCCGGAAGCGGAGGAAAACUGUCGCAGGAAAACAAUCGGUCGGCGCCAUGGCGGCUCCUGCGGACGAUAUUACGCAUUUAUGGUGCCGGAGUGCUGGUAUUCGGAUUUGUCUACAGUGCUAUUGAAUCUGCCUGCAGGAUAGGACAACCAUUUCUUCUUGGGCAGUUGAUUCUGUACUUCGAUCAGCAAAAUUCAUCGGAUUUUGCAGACGAUGCAGCUAUCACACUUGGUGCAGCUUAUGGAUACGCGGUCGGUAUCGUCAUGACGGUUUUAGGACCGAUGGCAAUAUUUCACUGGUAUCAACUGUACCUGCUGCAAGUGGGAAUGAAAAUUCGUAUUGGCUGCUGUUCGCUGAUCUAUCGGAAGGUUCUAGAGCUAAGCAGUGACACCGAGGGCUUAUCGGGUACGGUGAUCAAUCUAAUGGCGAAUGACGUCAGCCGUUUCGAUUAUGCGGUGAUAUUUUUCCACGAUCUCUGGAAAGGGCCCGUGGAGUUGAUCAUCGUAGCUGUGCUGGUGUAUCUCGAAAUAGGACCAACAGGGCUGAUAGGCAUAGGGUUUUUACUGCUCUUCAUACCGAUACAAGCAUGGUUAGGGAAAAAAUCGGCUGCAUUCCGAAUGGCGGCGGCAUUGGCUACGGACGAGCGAGUGCGUGUGACAAAUGAAAUAGUUCGUGGAAUUCAAGUUAUUAAAAUGUACGUGUGGGAGCGCCCGUUUGAAGAGAUCGUGAGCAAGUUGAGGCGCAAGGAGAUACAGGCAUUACGAGGCAGUGCCAUCGUCAAAUCGGCUCUGUUUGCGCUCCGCGUAGUCCCAAAAGUGUCCAUCUUUUUGUCGCUAGUUGCGUACGUUUAUCUCGAAAAUGCUGUCACGGCACGGCGCGUAUACAUGCUGAUUUCAUUCUUCAGCGUAAUUCAUCAUUCGAUGGUCGAAUUUUGGCCACUCGCGGUUACGUCUGCCGCUGAGGGUUGGAUUUCGUUGAAGCGAAUACAAGCAUUUCUACUUCAGAAAAGCGUCUCGAAACAAAGCGAAUCACAGCGAUUAUUUGAAUCUUCCCAAACCGACGACCCGUCCAUCGAGUUCCAAGCUGUAUGCACUACGUGGGAGGAAGCGAAAUUCGAGCUUAAAGAUCUGUCCUUUAAAGUGAGUACAUCGAUACAUCGAACGGUGGCGAUUGUUGGUCCUGUUGGCGCCGGAAAGUCGACAGUGUUGAAUCUUAUCAUCGGAGAACAGCCCGCCACUCAGGGGAAAAUCCAGUUAAAUGGCAUCAUUAGCUACUGCCCACAAAAACCUUGGAUGUUCGAGGGCACCAUAAGGCAAAAUAUUACCUUUCUCGAGUCGUACGAUGAAAAGCGCUACCAAGCGGUGUUGAAAGUGUGCGCGCUAGAAGAGGACGUUCGAAUGUGGCCGAGCGGCGAUAACACGAUGGUUGGUGAGCGAGGAUACACCUUGAGCGGUGGCCAAAAAGCAAGAAUCAAUCUGGCCCGUGCGUUAUACCGUCACGCUGACAUCUAUCUCUUGGACGAUCCCCUUUCUGCGGUGGAUGCGCAGGUAGCCAACGUUAUUUUCGAACAGGCUAUCCGGAAUUUUCUCGUCGGAAAGCUGGGCAUUCUGGUGACGCAUCACAUAAAGUAUGCUAGUCAUGCAGAGCAUAUCCUGGUGAUGAACAGUGGAAAAAUCAUUGCACAAGGUAACUAUGAACAGCUGUCCGAUUUCUUCGAAGAGAGACACCCGGCUAGAGCAACGGUCUCGAUACAGCCUACUGAGAAUCGAAAGGAAAGCCUAUCCGAAGCAGCGUACAUCGAAAAGGAGCAGGCUCUGUCAGAGCGAGGAAAACUGAAGGAAGAACAGGAAGAUGGCACUGUUCAGUUUAGAGUGUAUGUUGAUUUUCUAAAAUCUGUGCGCAGUGCUUCUUUUGUGACAUUCGUGGCUUUACUCAUGAUCGCCUUUCAAGUAGCUUCCUCAGGAACGGAUUACUUCUUAUUUAUAUGGGUGGACUGGGAAGAAACAUAUGCAAAUACAGACCAGGCACGAUGGUCAACGGACGAUCACGUGCUGUUCUAUACCGGCGCUAUCAUCAUCACCAUACUGCUGACAUCCAAUUCGUUUGCAUUCUUCGAAAUGUGCCUCAAAGCAUCACUGUACGUUCAUUCUGCGCUCUAUCGAGGCGUAUCCGAGACGGCGAUGUACUUUUUUCAACAGCACGCAUCGGGCAGAAUAAUGAACCGGUUUUCCAAGGAUAUUGGACUGAUCGAUUCUAGCCUGCCGGUAGUUAUGAUCGACAGCAUUUACUUUUUCCUCGAGCUUGGCGGCAUCGUUGUGAUUGUGUCGCUCGCCAACUACUGGUUGCUAAUUCCCACUGCCAUCAUGGGGCUCGUAUUUUAUGUGCUGCGGUUUGUCUUCCUACGCACGGCGCGAAACGUCAAGCGCGUUGAGGCUAUCACCCGAAGCCCAGUGUUUACGCAUACUAAUGCCACCAUUGAUGGUUUACCGACAAUAAGGGCAUUUGGAGCCGAACGCUUCGUGCAGGACACGUUCCAUGGGUAUCAGGAUAUCAACACAUCGGCUAUGUUUCUGUUUGGAGCUACGACCCGCGGUUUUGCUUUCUGGCUCGAUAUGAUCUGUUUGCUGUACAUUGCGUCGGUGGUUUUGAGUUUCCUGGUCAUCGGUAAUGAUAUCUUGAGCGGUAAUGUCGGGUUGGCCAUAACCCAGGUACUGAACCUUAUCGGAAUGUGCAAUUGGGGAAUUCGGCAGACGGCCGAGCUUGAAAAUCAAAUGACAUCCGUAGAGCGUGUGCUUGAAUACGCUCGGCUGGAACCGGAAAAGGACACGGUAUCGGAUGCCUCAACCACCAUCGCACGCAGCGAAGCGUGGCCUGAAAAUCCCAGCAUAACUUUCCGAGAAGUUUAUCUGCGCUAUGCGCCCGGCUCGGAGCCCGUACUGAAGCGGCUAUGCUUCGAAAUAAAACCCAAGGAACGCGUCGGAAUCGUUGGGCGUACUGGCGCAGGCAAGUCGUCAAUAAUUCAAGCGCUCUUUCGACUGACACCCUUGGACAACCGGGGUGGUAUCAUCGAGAUUGACGGAAUCAAUAUCGGUUCGGUGCCGUUGCGGCAGUGCCGCAGCCGCAUCUCGAUAAUUCCCCAGGAUCCGGUCAUAUUUUCGGGCAGUUUGCGAAACAAUUUGGACCCGUUCGAGCGGCUUCCAGAUGAGCAGCUGUGGAAAGCGCUCGAGCAGGUGGGAUUAAAAGCCACCGUAGCAGCGUUUGCCGGAGGUUUGAACACAAAAAUGGCCGAAGGUGGCACCAAUUUCAGCGCAGGACAACGGCAACUGCUGUGCCUGGCCCGAGCCAUCCUGAAGGCCAGUAAAAUAUUGAUACUCGACGAGGCCACAGCCAACAUCGAUACGAAAACCGAUACACUCAUUCAACACACGAUAAAAACACACUUUAACGACUGCACUAUUUUAACCAUUGCCCACCGUUUGCACACUAUCCUGGACAACGAUCGAGUUAUGGUGAUGGAUGCAGGCCGAGUGGUCGAGUUCGAUAGCCCGGACAGGCUUUUACAAAUCCCAGCGGGAUACUUCCGCAAGUUAGUCGCAGAGGACGAACAAGACGGACAGACCGGACAGUUCAGCAACAAGCAGCACGCAUCGCAAAUAAAACCAUCAGUAAACAUUGGAUCAAUGUGA